GCGCUCGAGCAGUCUACCCGUUGUUGAUACAGCGUUAAUCCACAUUGGGAGCGGACAGUUUGAAGACGUGCGACCAGAGACACGGUUUAAGGCAUACUGUCAUUUAUUUUUCGUCUGUCUAUGAGCAAGACCACGACCAAGUAAAUUAUAUUUGGCGGAUUUAAACAAGCACUUUUUACUAGGGAGAACUCGAACGACUUUCAUUCAGGUUGAGGUGAAGAGACUUGUGGGCACACUGUUUUUUGUAUUAUUAGCCAAUAGUCUAAUAGCCUAUAGUUGAGUUGAACAUACAAAUCGAAUGUAUAAGCCAAAUAUGUAGACAUCUUUUAUAUGUAGCCUAUACUUAUUUGUUUCAUUUGGAUUUUUGUAGCUUUUUGGUAGUUUUUAUUUUUCGAAAUAAUUCACAUUCCCUGCAACCUGUUCCCUGUUCCCUUCUCCAGUUUAUGUUUUUAAAUAGCCUUCGUUCGGAUUUGCAGAUCCACUAGUUGGGAGACAAGACCCACCUGUUUCAUUUCGCGGCAAAACUCAUAAAACAGACAUGUCACAGCUUGAGGUCGACAUGGCCGGACUGGGUUUCUCCAAAUUACCUGCUGGGUUCGACGCCAACUCCUGCUUCCCUGGCCGAAUACCACCAAGGCGCAGGAGACACUCCGCAAACUCCAGGAGAAACUCGUACAGGUUGAGCAAAAUAAAUACAUUGGAUUUGGAGCCUGAAGUUUACGAUGAUGCCCCUCUCUCCAAAACUCACUCCUGGUCUGCUGAUGAUAUUUUAGCCGAAACAACGGCAGAGGAGAAAAAAGUGGACUCAUCAGUACCAGCUUCACCUGUCUCAAGCCCGGGAACGAGUACGUGCUCACCUCCUGGUACCCAAGCAUCAGACCCCAAACCACCACAGCCCAGCUCGCAAGCACAGGGCACAAGUUCAGAUUCCGAGGAAGAAAUCACUGACAAAAAGGUCAUUUUAUCUCGAGCUCCAUUUGAAAGCAAACGGGAGCAAGAGGAAAAGGAUGAAAUUGAAACCAAAGCCGUGGCGACGUCACCUGAUGGAAGGUUCCUCAAAUUCAACAUUGAAAUUGGGAGAGGGUCGUUCAAGACGGUGUACAAAGGCCUGGAUACGGAGACAACAGUAGAAGUGGCAUGGUGUGAGCUACAGACGCGGAGGCUGACGAAGGUGGAGCGCCAGCGUUUCAGUGAGGAGGUGGAGAUGCUGAAGGGGCUGCAGCACCCCAAUAUUGUCCGCUUCUACGACUCCUGGAAGGACAACUGCAAGGGCCACAAGUGCAUCCUUCUGGUCACCGAGCUCAUGACAUCAGGCACCCUCAAGACGUACCUGAAGAGGUUCAAGGAGAUGAAGCUGAAGCUGCUGCAGCGCUGGAGCCACCAGAUCCUGAAGGGGCUCCACUUCCUCCACACCCGCACCCCGCCCAUCAUCCACAGGGACCUCAAGUGUGACAACAUCUUCAUCACCGGCCCCACAGGCUCCGUCAAGAUCGGCGAUCUGGGCCUGGCCACACUAAAGAGUGCCUCGUUCGCCAAGAGUGUCAUUGGGACUCCUGAGUUCAUGGCUCCAGAGAUGUACGAGGAGAAGUAUGAUGAGGCGGUGGACGUCUAUGCCUUUGGGAUGUGCAUGCUUGAGAUGACCACGUCUGAGUACCCCUACUCCGAGUGCCAGAACGCUGCCCAGAUCUACCGUAAAGUCACCAGCGGAAUUAAGCCGGACAGCUUCUUCAAAGUAAAAGUCCCUGAGUUGAAAGAGAUCAUAGAGGGAUGCAUCCGCAUAAAUACAGACCAGAGGUACACCAUCCAAGACCUGCUGGAACACACCUUCUUCAAGGAGAACAAUGGCGUCCAUGUUGAGCUGGCGGAGGAGGACGACACGGUGAAGUCUGGCCUGAAGCUGUGGCUGCGUAUGGAUGACACCAAGAAGCUGCAUGGGAAGUACAAGGACAACAACGCCAUCGAGUUCCUGUUUGAACUCUACAAGGAUUUACCCGAGGAGGUGGCCCAGGAGAUGGUGGUGCUGGGCUUCGUCUGUGAGGCAGACUACAAGCUGGUGGCCAAAGCCAUCCGGGAGCGCGCCACCGCCAUCAAGCGGCAGCGGGAGAAGCAGCGCCGGAUAGCCGAGGAGGCCUUGCGCCAACAACAGGAAACUGUCAUUGAGGAAGAAGCAGAGUCGGCCCCCGAGCCAGAACCGCCCACCCCCAAACCUCAAAUAGCCCUUCCCAUCAAACCGCCCAACCCCGCCACUGUCUCGUCAGCCCCUAACCAGACUCCGACCACUCCGACCGUGUCGAGGCCGGUGAUGUCCGUGACUAACAGCUCGGUGGAUUCGGGGAUAAACGCCAGCUUCACAGCAGAGACGGAGGAGCAGGAGGCAGACCAGCGGCUGCACUACAACAUCAGACACGCCAGCUACUCCUCUGCCACAUCCGACUGCGAGAUGGACGGCUACCUGAGCUCUUCUGGCUUCCAGGAUCCCGGGGAUUCCCCUCUCCAGCCUCCUAUUAACUCCGCCCCUUCCUCCAUCACUCCUGUUCCGUUGCCCCUGGAGAUCCCUCAUAUCGAGGCCCUGGCCAUCAAGGCUCCUCCCCCUGACGCUCCACCAAUCCCGGCUCUCCGCUUCCCCUCGAGUAUCGCUGUAUCCAACACUAUCAUGCCCCAGUCAGGAAACGCCAGUGGUUUCUCUUCUCCUGUCGACAGCUAUGCCUCUGAUGUGACGUCAGGCUUGAGUGAUGGCAAUGAGGGCCUAUCAGAAAAGAGUGCCAACAAACGUACCGGUACCAAGCUCUUCAGGAGGAGAGCCCGAUCACGCUUACGAAUCACUGGGUUGUCUGACAAAGUGGACCGGGUCGUGGAGUGUCAGCUCCAGACUCACAACAGUAAGAUGGUGACCUUUAAGUUUGAUCUGGACGGAGACAACCCGGAGGACAUUGCUGCUGUCAUGGUCCACAAUGAGUUCAUCCUUCCCUCCGAGCAGGAGGGCUUCAUCUACCGCAUGCGUGACAUCAUCAAGCGUGCAGAGGCCCUGAUGAGGAGGGGCGAGCCCCUGAGUCUGGGGGACGCUGCCCACCAGCUCUACCCCUACCUCAGCGAAGUGGGCACCCUGUCCGCCUCGCAGCCGAACUUACAUGCGCAUGGACUGGAACGCACACAUUCCUCUUCAUCUUUGCCCGAUUUUACUGAGGGCAGCGUUGCUCAGCUCCGAGGUUCAUCUCCUGUGGCGCCUGUUGGAGACUUCUACAUCGACCCAAAGGCAGUCCCUUCUGUUCGUCCCCUCCGCUCUCAGUCCUUCCAGACCACGUCAAGUUCUUCCCAGACCUUCCACCCGCCUGCUUCCCAUUACCCCCAGUAUUCCCACCCCGAGGCCGUGCCCCCCCGUGAUGCCCCUCAAUCAGCUGCCUCCCCUGCCCCAGCAGUACCCCAAGCACCCCUAUGUCCACAACACCCACUUCCCCUUCCCUUACCCUGUCACCCAGAACUCCUCAAUGCCCGCCAGCGCCCCCUUCACCCCCGAGACCCUCCACCGGGUCCUAAGCAACUCCAACCUCUCCUCCUCUUCCCCAUCCGCUUCCUCCUCCCCGGCCAAGCCGGCCACCCCAGGGCAGCAGCAGAGGGACAGCAGCAGAACCCAGGCAUGUGGCCCCCAAACAGCCACAACCAGCCCCUCUUUUCCCUGGCCAACGUGUUGUCCCUGGCCAUGAGCGUGGCCCAGUCCUUCAUGCCCCCCACCUCCAUGCCCAGCGGUCUGAACCCAGCCCAGUCUGGCUCCUACCACCCCUCCAUGUUUUGCCCUCCCCAGCUGAUGCCAGGGGAGAGCCCCUACCAACCCCAGGGCAAAAUAACAGCAGGCCAGUAUCUGGACAUGUACCAGCAGUAUGCAGACACCCAGGCUCUGCACCAACAGACCCUGUUGAAAACCAACGUAGCCCCAGGGUCACCCCAGCCUGGCGGACUAGUGGAUGGGACUGCAUUCAGGCAAGCUGGCUCCAGCCUCUCUCCUCCAGGAUCCAGGGCGAGUCCCCAGAUGUAUUGCCAGCUGGGGCCCAGGGUGGGGUUCCAGGAGCAGACAGACAGCUCAGCCUCCACCUCUAUCACCAGCUCCCCCUCCUCCUCAGCUCCAGACAGCCCACAGAGCACCGUGUCUUCACCCAGGCUAAGAACCUCUUCCACCCUGGUGGUGUCAGAGUCGGGAGCAAACGCUGCCAAAAACAGACUGUCACCUAUCUCUGAGGAGAAAAGGCCUACAGUUACCGUCGGCCGUUUCCAAGUCACACCCAGCAGAGAGAUCCCUGCAGCCUCCGCUAGCCCCGCCCAGGAUCCUCCCCAAACCCACCCACAACACCAAACCCCGCCCACAGUCACCGUUAGCACCAGCCCUUCCUCCCGGGACAGUGAAUCUGAUACCAGCACCGAGGAGCAGGGGGGCGAAUCAGAAAGCAGCAUUAGCACUGUAACCAUGUCCCUUCCCCAGCGAUCCCCCGGCGGGCCCCUGUGUAACCUAGACAUCGCCCACUCCUUGCCUGGAGGCCCUAAGCAGACAGAGCAGGAGGACCAGCAGGAGAGUGAGGAGGAGCCCGACAAGGAGCCAGACAAGGAGCAAAAGGACGGAGAGGAGGAUGAGGAGGAGGAGCUGAGGAGAAGGGGGGGCCGGAGGCUGAGCCUGAGCCUGUGGGAGGGUACAGCGGGGAGCCCCCAGUUUAGCGGGAGCAACCUAAACCAGCCCUGGAUGAGCUACACACGCAGCGCCUCGUAUGUCAGCAGUGACGAGACAGAGAGCGAGAACGAGGAUAUGUGCGAGGAGCUACAGGAACUCAGGGACAGGCACCUGUCAGAGGCGCAGGCCCUCCAGCUCACUCAGAAGAGGGAGAUUGAGGCGCUGUAUGAGCAGAUGGGAAAGGUGCCUCCCCCUGGCAUCAUGUCCCCCGCCGCGAUGCUCAACAACCGCCAGAGGCGCCUCUCCAAGAGCGGCAACUACCCCGGCUCGCGUAGGAACAGCCUGCAGAGACUGGAUAUACUGCCCCCUGCAGGGAUCAUGCGUAAAAGCUCAGUCAGUGGCAGCAGCAGUGGCUCUCAGGAGAGGUCCAGUAAAGGGGUGACCUUUGCCCCAGACUACAACCGGAUGUGAGACUCGUCUCCCUGGGUGAUCCGGAGGACAGGGGAUUGGGGCAGGUGAUACUGUGGCCAGCCACCUCCCCUCCCAACCAGGAAGAGAGGGAGCCCAAUGAUGACCAAUAAGUUGCCAAGCCCAGUGCUGAACAGAUAGCUCCCAGCCUGAGCCUUGGGAAACCGGAUGGCCAGAAGACAUGGGCCUUUUCUCAAUUGGAUUUGCUCAACUCCUGCGUCAUUUUUCCUCUGUCCUCUCUCCUCCUUUUGAAAAAGGUAAUUGUGGAGAGGUAGCAAGGAGAGUGAACGAGGACGAAAAUGAGCUUGUAGGAAAUUAGACUCCUUCUCCACUCAGGCAAAUUACGUUUACAGGGGUGGAUCCCAAAAUAAAUGUGUAGAGUGAUAAAAACAAAUGAAGUUAGUUGUUCAAGACAUUUUAUAGAUACACAACUACAAGUAGCAUAUUGUUUGUAAACAUGUGCAUGCUUUUCUCCAUCAAAAAAACUAACGCUGAUUCAAAGGGGGUGUGGCAGAUUUCUAAAUUAUUCGGUGAAGGACUCAGGUAGGACACACAUGACUAUCAUCUAUGAAAGAUGGCUAACAAGGAGGAAGAACACACUUCUGUUCGCCUCGACCACUUAUCAGUUUCUGAGUCACGGAGGAGAGAGGACGGAGGAGAGGUUGGAGGACAGACUUUUUCCCAAAUGAGAAAAGGCCAUGGUCAUCCACACGAUGGGCCUCACUAAACACUCCUCCUAACGACGAUAGAUAAGGAUCCCAUUGUCAGAGCACCAAAGCACCCUAUCUGCCAUCUGGUUCAUGUGCAAUACCAUGAGUUAGUAUUGUGACACUAAGCCAAGGAAGUCCCCCUACCGUUCUUAAGGAUGCUAAGCUUAUAUAGCUGUGUGUAGCGUCAGGUCAAAUGGAAAGUGAGGAUAGGAAGGCUUAAGGUGUGUGUUUCUGCGUGUGCUCUUAUGCGGAUGCUGCCUGUGCUAUUCCUGGAAAACACGUCCCAGAAGCCCUGCUCUCUCCUGCACUUUGUCAUCCAACUGCUGCAAGCAGGAACUCCUCUUAAUACAAUAUGACCCUAUUCAAUCCGAAGUGCUGAAGAUCUGCUUAAUGUUGCGAUUGACAACUAAAGGCAAUGUUCCUGCGGUCACGGAGACUGUAUUCACGGUAAACGCUGCAUAUGUCUGCUCAGGAGAUAAGAUAGCAGGAUGAGAUGUAAUCAUUGCCUAAAAACAGUGUAUUUGUAUGGUUUAUAAUAUUGCAUAAGGAAUGGGAUGAACAAAUAUGCAUCUAUCUAAUGUAUUGACCGGCAAGUCAGGUCAGCAGUUUUCCAUUUUGCAGCUCCGCUUACUUGGUGUGCCGGGCGAACUAAAUCAAGUACACCGAAAUAAGAGUCAAUCCAAGCUGCCUGCAAGUCUCAGCAAAACAACAGAGUUGUAUUUGGUGUAAACAAAUGUUCAUGAAGUAACACAAAUCACACAUGGUACAUGAAAAACUAAAUGUCACUUUACUGAAUUUACACUGAACAAAAAUAUAAACGCAACAUGUAAAGUGUUUGUCCCAUGUUUCAUGAGCUGAAGUAAAAGAUCCCAGAAAUGUUCCAUAGACACAAGCGACCUAGUUCUCUAAAAUGACAUUUGUUUACAUCCCGGUGAGUGAGCAUUUCUCCUUUGCCAAGAUAUUCCAGCCUCCUUCAUCCUUCAAGAAGCUGAUUAAACAGCACGACCAUUACACAGGUGCACCUUGUGCUGGGAACAAUAAAAGGUCACUCUAAAAUGUGCACAUUUUGUCACACGACACAAUGCUACAGAUGUCUCAAGUUUUGAGGGCAUGUGCAAUUGGCAUGCUGACUGCAGGAAUGUCCACCAGGCCUGUUGCCAGAGCAUUGAACAUUAAUUUAACAUUGAUUUAAACCGACUCCAACUUUGUUUAAGAGAAUGUGACAUCCAACCAGCCUCACAACCACAUACCACGUGUAUGGCGUCGUGGGUUAAGUGGUUUGCUGAUUACAACGUUGUGAACAGAGUGAUCCAUGGUGGCGGUGGGGUUAUGGUAUGGGCAGGCAUAAGCUACGGACAACGAACACAAUUGCAUUUUAUCGAUGGCAAUUUUAAAUGCACAGAAAUACCGUGACGAGAUCGUGAGGCCCAUUGCGAGGCCCAUUUUUUGUUCACGUAUCUGUGACCAACAGAUGCAUAUCUGUAUUUCCUGUGAUAUGAAAUCCAAAGAUUAGGGCCUAAUGAAUUCAUUUCAUUUGACUGAUUUCCUCAUAUGAACUGUAACUCAGUAAAAUCUUUGAAAUUGUUGCAUGUUGCGUUACAUUUUUUGUUCAGUAUACAAACACUCCAGGUCUUAUAAUAUACUACACAUUGUUCAUUAGUUACUCACUUUCUAUGGCCAAGUAGUAAAGAUACUGGGUGUCACUUAUCAGCCUUCAUUUUUUAAGCAAAGAGUGGACGCUUAUGCUUUAAAAACGUAUUUUAAUCUAUGGAUUGAUACAACGCACUUUCCAUAGGGGUCGUUCACUAUUGCUAUUGAACAAUUGCGUACCUAUAAAUAAUAGCGGGGUAAAGAUGUAUAGUUAUAUAUUUUAAAUCGGUAUGCGUGCCUAUGCAUUUAGUGUUGGUAAUUAUUUGAUUAAUGACAAAGACCUGAAGCUGUGAAGAAUUCUGAGCUAUUUGCCUUAAAGUAUGCACACGGGGAACGAUUGUAGUAGAACACAUGAAAUAUAUUACUCAGAUUGUGUUCUUCUAAAUCAAGACAUCAACAGUAAAUAUACAAUAUAUAUUUAGGAUGUCAUGAGCUCUAUUUUGUUGUCAAUCGUGUUUCUAGAAAACAUACUGCCAUGCAGAUUCUGUGCCUUUAACAUUUGUUUUUUACCUUUCAAGCGUGAUUGUUUCCUAAAUCAUAUUUGUAAAUAUUGCUAAUAAAUGACAAUUCAAUAUCA